ACAAAAAUGCAAUCCUUUGCUUUGGAUACCAUUUUCAUAUUGAUCUCACUGUCCUCUCUUUCCAUUGUUGUUUCUAGUUCCAAACCUUUGAAUCCAUGCAAUGGUGAUUUCUUACACAUCCAAGCUUACAAACAGAUGCAAAACCAAACAAACACCACCCAAUGCAAAAAACUCUCAUCAUUACAAGCUCAAUUCGCUUGGAACUACCACAAAACCAGUCACAACCAAACCCAACUCAACAUCCUCAUAGGCACCAAGUUGAUCGCUAGCACGGGUUGGUUAGCAUGGGGCAUUAACCCUGACUUACCAAGAAUGGUUGGGACUAGAGCUAUAAUUGCUGUUAAAGUCCCAAACCAAAUUACUCCAUCGGUGAACACUUACAAUAUCACCAAAGACAUACAACUUGGGUGUAAGCUUCAACCUUCGGGCAUUGAUUUCAAGGUUCAAAACAUGACAGUUGUUGAUGAUAAGGAUGUUGGGUUUUUUUCUGUGUUUGCUACUUUGGUUCUACCUCAAAGAUACAAUGUUUCGAGUUUGAACCAUGUGUGGCAAGUUGGGUAUUGUGUAGAUGGAUUGGAACCCAAGAUGCAUGAGGCGAGUUUGGGGAAUUUAGAUAGCAAAGAGGUUUUGGAUUUGGAGACUGGGGAUUGUCAGAACAUUGGACAACAUAGGCGACAUAUGAGAAAGGUCCAUGGGAUUUUGAACAUCAUAGGAUGGGGAACAUUGUUGCCUAUUGGAGUGAUUGUUGCAAGGUACUUCAAACAAUUUCCAAUUAAACUUGAUCCUUGCUGGUACUACUUUCAUUACUCUUGCCAAGUUGUUGGUUACAUCCUUGGAACCGCUGGCUGGGGACUUGGACUAUUCCUAGGACAUGAAUCCAAAUACUAUACCUUCCAUUCGCACCGCGUCCUCGGCAUCUGCAUUUUCGGGUUCACUACCUUGCAAGUAACCCAAAUAUUAGCAUUUCAAUUCAAGCCGACCCAAGAAGACGAGUAUCGAAAGCAUUGGAAUGUUUAUCACCAUUUCCUUGGGUAUGCAUUACUUGUAAUGAUCCCAGUGAACAUAUAUAAAGGGAUUAAGUUACUAAAGCCUGAUAAUAUAACUUGGAAAUGGACAUACAAUGGGAUCUUAGUGUUGUUAGGAGUGGUGGUUUUGGCUUUUGAGAUUCUCACUUGGGCUGUAUUCUUAUACAAAAAAUGUUGUAAAAAAACUGUGGAAGAAUCAAGUCCAAGAAGGGUUGAAAUUGAAGAAGAUAGUAAGGGGCAAACUAAUGAAGGAUCAAGUCCAAGGAAGACUGAAGUUGAAGAAUGAGCUUUGAUUCAUGACUUUCACUUAUAUGCCUUGUCUUAUGUAGAAUGUUAAUACCCGAUUUUUACUUGUGAAUGAAGUAGUUCUUUGGGGAUUCGAAACCAAUGAAUGGUUUUACAUGAUUGACAAACCUAUAAUAUGUAAUUUAUUAUUUUUUAUAA